AUGGAUGCUGGAAAUCACUCCUCAGUGACUGAGUUCAUCCUCGCUGGGCUUACAGAACAGCCACGACUCCAGCUGCCCCUCUUCUUCCUCUUCCUGGGAAUCUAUGUGGUCACGGUGGUGGGGAACCUGGGCAUGAUCACACUGAUUAGGCUCAGUUCUCACCUGCACACUCCCAUGUACUAUUUCCUCAGCAAUUUGUCCUUUAUUGACUUCUGUCAGUCCACUGUCAUUACCCCCAAGAUGCUGGUCAACUUUGUGACAAAGCAGAACAUAAUUUCUUACUCUGAAUGCAUGACUCAGCUUUACUUCUUCAGCACUUUUGCUAUUGCAGAGUGUCACAUGUUGGCUGCAAUGGCAUAUGACCGCUAUGUUGCCAUCUGCAACCCCUUGCUUUACAAUGUCAUCAUGUCUUAUCACAUCUGCUUCUGCCUCACAGUAGGAGUUUAUAUUUUGGCCAUCAUUGGAUCCACAAUCCAUACAGGAUUUAUGUUGAGACUCCUUUUCUGCAAGAACAAGGUGAUUAACCAUUAUUUCUGUGAUCUCUUCCCACUCUUGGAACUAUCCUGUUCCAGCAUCUUCAUCAAUGAAUUAUUGGUUCUAGUCUUGAGUGCAUUUAACAUCCUGACUCCUGCCUUAACCAUCCUAACAUCCUACAUCUUCAUUCUCCGCAGCAUCCUCCAAAUCCACUCCCCUGAGGGCAGGUCCAAAGCCUUCAGCACCUGCAGCUCUCAUAUCUCAGCUGUUGCUGUUUUCUUUGGAUCUGCAGCAUUCAUGUACCUGCAGCCAUCAUCUGUGAGCUCCAUGGAUCAAGGAAAAGUGUCCUCUGUGUUUUAUACCUGCAUUGUUCCCAUGCUAAAUCCUCUAAUUUACAGUCUGCGUAAUAAGGAUGUCAGAUUUGUCUUGGAGAAAAUUCUGGAAAGAGGAAAAUAUAUAUGA